AUGCCUUCGACUACAGGAGUAGCACAAAUUUUAUCAUCAGAUAAACCAGAUCUGUCUGGUGUUCUCUGUUUUGUUAAAGAUUAUGAUAAACGAGCUUAUUAUUUUCGUUUAUACGAUUUAAAGAACUCAACAGUUCUUAUCAAAUUUAUUAACGAAGACGAAGCGGAGUUUUUUGUCAACCAUUUUCAAACGAAACAAUUAGAUAGAGAAAAAAAGUCCUAUCAACAACAUUCGACUACAUCUUUGAAUAGAAACACAAACACUAAAACUGACGUUUUUAACAUAGGAAGAGACACGCCCAGAUCUGUACCACCAAUUAAGUCGAAGCCAGAUCCUCCGCCACCUCCUCCGCCACCUCGAGAGCACAAAAAGUCUGUUUCCACUAGUUCAGCAAAAUCGAUUCCAUUAUUAGAUACAAUACAACAGGUUGCUAAGAAAUUGCAGCCGGAAUCUUCAUCAUCUGAUAAACAACCAACUAAUCAAAAUUCAGCUACAGGAUCACCAACCGAUAAACGAACCCGCUACGAUGCAAUGAUUGCACGAACUUUGAAAUUCUUGACAAACCGCACGAAAACAAUUGAGUACGAAGUUCGGAGAAGAAACAGAUAG